CCUGAAAUCUCCAGCAUGACCAGCCUCAAAGUAGACAAUAUUACUUAUAGGACUACGGUGGAUGAUCUAAAACGUAUCUUUGAUAAAUAUGGCGAAAUUGGUGAUGUCUACAUUCCUCGAGAUCGUCGUGGAGAAUCACGCGGUUACGCUUUUGUAAGGUAUCAUGAUAGGCGCGAUGCUGAAGACGCCAUGGAUUGUGUCCAUGGCAAGAACUUUGAUGGCCGAGAAUUGCGAGUAGUGAUGGCGCGUUAUGGCCGCCCAGCAGAU